AUGGCUGGAAACAAGAAGAAGAACAAAAAUAAAGCUAACGCGAAUGCGAAUGAGAACAUCAACUCUGGUAACAGGGAGAAAAUGUCUCGAAGCAGUAUGAUUGAAAAGCGAGAGGACAACAAGGAUGGAACCGUCGACCCACUCGAUUCUUCUCCAGUAUGGAGUGGGAAGGAGAACGGAGACAAAGCGCCUUGUGAAGCGGAUGUCGUUGUUGACUCGUCCGAAGAACCCGCGGAAUCUAGCCGAACCACAGAGCAAAUGAACGAUGUAGUUGCAGCCGAGCAAGGCAAGGAUGGUUUCUUGCAUGGCGAGCUUUCGCAACUAGGGCGUGUUGUCAAUGAGUCUGAGCGACUACCGACGAUCACGCAAUCCAGACUGGACUCCAGCAAUGUCUCUUGUAAUACCCGUGCUGAGGAGCGAGUUUCCAAAAAUGGAUGGGCCUCUGGAAGAGAAGGGGUUCAAGAUGUCACAGUUUCCCAAGAAGAGCUAAGCAACGGGUUCCAGCCAACUCCUGAGGUCCAGGUAUCCCAGGAAAGUGUGGAGAUGACGGCAAAUGAGGUCCUCAAGAAAGACGAAGUGGUGCCGACGACUGAAAACAUCGCUCAAAAUCCAGGUCUCGAGGAUACAGUAGUAUCCGAGGAUGAUGACGGCAACGUGUCAUCGUCUCAACCUCAAUCGCACCUGCAGCCGCCAUCGGUACCUGCUAAGCAGCUCCUUGAUGACCACAAGACUCCCUCCAGAGAGCAGAGCUGCAGACCACAAGCAUCAGCCAAGUUGCCGACGCAGAUACCGAAACUUGAUGAUCGACCAGCAUUAUCUGAGCAAGAAAUUCGGAAACAGCCCACUAUACAAGCAGUUCCGACUGAGUCGCACCUACCCAGUAAACCCAAGGUUAUCAGCAGAGACGAAAAGGCUCAGAUGCUCAGCCCCAAGCUCGAAGAGGGGAUAGAGGCGCUCCGUAAGCGUUUUGUUAGACAGAUUGAAGAUCAAAAACAGCGCUUCAAGCAGCGGGAACAAAAGCUUAUUGCUGAGCGCGAGUUCCUAAACGACAACCUUGAGGCUACUCACGCGGAGAUCACACGUCUUGAGAGCCUCCAGGCUCUCCCUCAAACACUCAAGCCUACCACUCGCGACCAAGGCACUCAGACAGCGACAUCGACUGACUCACUAACCCAAGAGCCGAAGCUACAAGGCAGACCAUCACUACUGCUUCACGGAAUUCUGGAAAAGCCCAGCAAUACGACACCAUCUUCAGUCGAGCCGCGAACCCAAGAGCAGAAGAGUUCAGAUGCCACGAGAAAAUCACGGUUCCAUGAUACUCUCAAGUCAGAAAACAGGGAUCCUAGUAAGAACAUGGCGCAACCAGCGCAGGAGCAAAAGGAGGCAGAAUUCGAGCGAAAGAUCCACAGUUUGGCUCGGCAGGUUGCCGCGGAGGCUCCAGAACAAGUAACCCAUUCUCCAAGGACUAACAUACCUGCAUUAUCCAAUCGAGUUCAACCGAGUACAGUACCUCCUACUACAAUACAGCCUUCGCAUAUACUACGGCCUCGGGUACUACCAACCACUGCUGGUCGUUAUCUCAAAUUAAUUGUCAACAAUAACGCUCAAACAUUUUUAUCUUACCACGAACACAUUCUCGCGACGAACACCGCUUACUUUACUUUGAACGCGAAAGAAGAUACUAGCACAUCUCUUGGACGCAAUCUCGGAUGGUACGUCAAUUUUAGUGGCGUACAGUUCUCCCUCGAGGUCAUCAAAGAGUACACAUAUUGGCUCAAAGACGGCAUAAUUCGUACCGUCUAUUCUCUUGUCCGAGGUACUCACCCCAACGUCAAUAUUGCCUUCCGAUUCCUAGUCUUCGCCUAUGUCUUUGGCGAGCAUAUUGACGACAAGCGUUGGAUGAACGACGUCAUGGAUGCUUUCGUUGGUGCUCACAGUCGUGUUUGGCGCAUCGAGACGAGCUUGAUUGUCCACACGUACAAAUUCACGAAGCACACAUCACCUAUGCGUAGAUUGUUGGCAGAU